UAUCUUUUUAUUUUCAGGUCUGCAUCUUGUAAGAUAUCAGAAGCCGCCUGACUGGGCCACAUCGCUCGGAAGUCCGAAAUACUAGAAAAAAACGGCAUCUGCUACCUUAAGAUAUCUGUCAAUUUUUGUCUGCAUCUUGUAAGAUAUCAGAAGCCGUCUGACUGGGCCACAUCGCUCGGAAGUCCGAAAUACUAGAAAAAACCGGCAUCUGCUACCUGAGCAUGCUCAGUUCCUAGAGGAUUAUGGGAAAUCACCAUGGAGAUACACCAUGCAUACCCUAGAUGCCAUCUUGGAUCAGUUCAUAUGUAAAAAAUGGGGAUCACUGCUUGUUCCAGGAUUUGACAUUUUUCAGCAGAGUUCACCACUGCUGCCAUGCUGAGUUCAGUGAGAGGCAGAACUACAGAAACUGUAGACUUCUUCUGGAUGAGUUUAAAGAAUCUGUGUUUCAGUUCAACCAUGAGAAGAGUGUACGAGUGUUGGAAUGUAUCGGUGAUAGUGAUUGGCUGGAAAGGACGACCUAUCGUAUCAUACAAUACAUGCUAACCUCAACCCCUAGUGUUCAUAAAGUCACACGGUUACUGAAGAUCCUUGACAGCGAAAGUAUAACUUUGGUGUUUAAACAUGUAGAUCCAGAUUUCCGUAGACAGAGCCAGAUGUUACAGUGUAUAGAGGAGGGAGAGAUAUGGCGGGUGAAUUUCUCAGCUCUGCUCACAUCGUAAUCACAACAAUAUGAGAAGGAGUGUUUGGAGAAGCACGAAAGUUUGCCAAAAUUACAGGAAUUUGUACUCAUCAUGUCACCAUACGUCAGGUG